GCUUUUGUCGCCUAAAGGCGCCUAGCAACGGACAAGGAUACAGUGAGCCGCCUCUGCUUGAAAGGAUACCCAGCCCAGUGCUGCUGUCCCCAUUUAACCUCACCUCACUGCCCAGUGUUCAGGGAAUCUCGCUGCUGUGCUGGCAGGCUCUUUCUCGCCUCCCGGCAUUGCAUUUUAAAUCCCACCUUUAACCGGUGCUUCACUCAGCUGCCGGCUUCUUGUUUUUUUUAAAAAAAAGAAUAGAGCGUGGUGAUUACUUCCCCCGCCCAAAUACCCGGCGUUUCUCGCUGGAUGCUGUCGGGCCUUUACAAGAGUUUCCCCGGUCUGGCUUGGCCUAAAGCCCGUGGAUGUAACCGCGGGCCUUUUUAUUUAAGAUACGUGUGUGUAGCCGAAGAGUUUUAACAUUUCACUGGCAAUUCCGUGAAUUCUACCGGAGAUUUUGUUUCCUCUGAGAUGAAAAAGAAAAAAUACCAACACAACCAUUAAGAACCAUAGAAAUAGCCUGGAAAUGGCAACAUGGAAUGGAGGCAUUGUACAAAGAGUACCAAAUCUGGAAGAUACCAGUGGUUUUCAAGAGAGAGUAAAAAAUGAAAGACAAAUAUUGAAAGAAGCACUGGCUUUACAGUUAAAUCAGGAUCUUCUUGGGAUCCUUAUUGAUGGAAGUCAGACAGAUGUCACAUUCCAUGUGGGAGCUGCUGUUUUCAAAGCUCACAAAGCUGUGCUGCUUGCAAGGGUCCCAGAGUUUUUCUUGCGCGUUUCUGGAAAACAGUUGAGCCAGGAUGUUGAGAACUGUCCACAAGUCAUCAAUGUAGAAAAUUUCCGACCUUCACAGUUUAAAUGCUUUUUGCAGCAAAUUUAUACAGCGGAUCGAAAAGUAGACCACCUUGAAGAGGAGCUACUUUUGAACAAAGAGCCCAAUCGAGGAAGACUGAAGACUGAAGAAACUUGCUCGCUCAAUAGUGUUUUUCAUAAUUUAGGAAUGAGCAAUGGGCGAGAUGGUGAUAGAUGUAUGCCAUCUAAUCCAUUUCUUCCUGAUAAUCAGACCUUGGAAGCAAAUGAAGAGAUGUUGACCUCAAGCCUGUUGGAAGAUGACAUGCCUGAAGGAAUGUUUGAUAUGCCUGAGGAAACCGAAGCGGAGGAUGAUGCUCUGUCCACCGAUGAUCCUGUACUAGAGCCAGCAUCUAUACUGGGUGCUGAUCUCUUAUCCCUAUAUCGGAGAGGAUGUUGCCCUGACAUAACCCUUCACGUUGAGAACAGAAUUUUUCAUGCACACAGGGCCAUCCUCUGUGCUCGCUCCAGUUAUUUUGCAGCAAUGUUGAGUGGAAAUUGGGCAGAAAGCUUUCAGAAAUCGAUCACUCUUGCUGGUGUGAGCCACGUGGAGGUGGAAAUCAUGAUGAACUUUUUAUAUGGAGCCAUUUUAGACUUGCCCAAAGAAAUUCUGCCGCGUUCAGUGCUUACAUUGGCAGAUAUGUACAACUUGGAUGGGCUGAAGAAAGUAGUCCUACAUGUUCUGAAGAAGGAUUAUUGCAAGUUCUUUCACAAGCCUGUUAUUGGAAUGCAGCAAUCUAUUCUGGAGUGCCUGCAGAUAUCUCAUUCCGUUGGAAUUGAUGGUCUUUACAGUUCCUGUAUGAGAUGGAUUACCAAAUAUUUUGUGAAAUGCUGGUCUGGAAAGAAUUUUGCCUGUCUUCCAGCAGAACUGCAGCAAGCCUGUUUGAUGUCUGUAGUCCAGUCUUUAAAUGUGGAAAAUGUGGUUUCGGUGCUGAUGGAGAGUGAUCGUCUACUGUGGAACCUUCCUGAGGUGAAAUGGGCAGAGCAAGCAAUUGCCUUGACAAAAGAACUGCAAGAUGAAUGCAUCAAGUUUAUUGUGCCACACUUCCUUGAGACUGUAAGAAGUAAAAGUCUCCUCCACCUAUUAAAAGCACAGAGAAUGAGCAGAAGACCAUAUCUGGUGGAAAGGAUUUUUGCAGCUAUUGAACAAAACAUUACAGUAACAGACGGUUGCUUGCAAUUUAUAGCAGUGGACCUGUUGAGGAGCCAGGUGGCUUACAAAGAGGUGGGUUUUGUGAGUGAGAUCUCGACCCUCUUUGACAAGCUCUGGAUGUUUCUGGUUCAGUCUUUUUAUGCAGUCCGUCACACGGAAGGCUGGAAGCUGAUGAAACCUCAAGACCAAGAGCAAAUCCAGGCAGCUGCUCUUGACAAAGGUGAUGAUAGAAAGCUCAGCAAAAGACCAACUUUGACAAGCUCACAGCAAAAGAAACGUCCUCCACUUGACCCUUCUCCAUUUGAUGUGGUAGAGCAAGUGUGUAGAAAGGGAAAAGUGCAGUCAAUAAAUACAGUUGUACCUAAUAGUCAACUGACUGCUGCUUCAAAAAUGAAAUCUGAAAGUUCAGUGCAUGCAGCAAAUGGACGACUGUCAGCUGGUGCUUUGAGGAAAAGUGAAGCAAAAGGAAAGGACGCAAAAAAAGCAAAUGACAAAAUGCCAAAAAAUGGAAAAGCCAAUGAGAAAGGUACCGUGACAAAGAUGAACACUCCUGCAAAAGCUAGACUGGAAACCAAGAUGAAAGCUGAGAGCACUGUCAGUAAGGUGAAAGUGUGUGCUGAUAGUCUGGCAUGUCAGACAGGUUCUACAGCGAGCAACAAAGACAUCAAUGGACAGAAUGGCAAACCAAACGCAGGUGGACGACCCAAAAUAUGUCUCAGCUCUUCCAGCAUUCAAGCAAAACAAGGGAAAUCGUCAAAGAAAAUCAUUCAAUCACAAUCAGAAUUGUCGCAGACAGAGAGAAAUGGGAACAAGCAUCACUCUGACAAGCCUGAACUUUUGAGCAAGGAUGGUGCUGGAGGUACAAGUGGAUACAUUAGAUUACAAGAGGGGAAUGAGAUGGAUGAAAUAAACUAUCGUGAUAAGAAAAUGGCAUUCGUCAAUAGUCCUACUGAAACUGCAGCACAGGAGCCUGCAAAGAGCUCAGUUGGCCAGAAGUCUGCAGUUAGGUCAGCAAGUGUCACCAAAGCUGCAAAGACUCCUCCACCUGCAUCAAUGAAAACUGGUAGACCACUUUCUAAUAGUGUGCCAAAUAAACAGAGAGCACAAAAUAGAGAUGAAGGGUUGUCACAGGCUCAUAUGAAGAAAACAUGGAAUAGCAGCAGCAACUCAUCUGUUCAGCACAGACCAAGGAGUGCAUCUGGGGCAGCUAAAGCUAAAGAUCCAAAAGGAGGAACAGUGGGUUUUGAAAAAACAGACCCUAUUUCAAAACAACCUACCAAAGUUCCAAACUGUGAAGAAAUAAUGGCUAAUGAAAUCCUUACAAAGACUAAUAAUUCUAAACCAGUAAAAGCAGCUGCCCUCUCCACAAUAAGGACAAAUACAAGGAAAAUGACGCUACUUGGUGCCACAAGUCCACGGACACCUAUUAAUUCCAGUAAGGUUGCACUGAAAGAGAAAAGUGCAUCUCUACCCAAUGUUAGAAAGCCAUCGACUAAAUUGCUUCCAGUGACAACCAAAGCAAGUUCCAGCCUAAAAAGAUCUGCCUCUAGUUGUCACGACAAGGCGGCUCCAAAUUCUCCAUGCCAUGACAUGAAAAGUGGAACAGAGAUAAGUGAUCAGAUGGGACCAAAUAAUUGGUCACUGCUCUGCCAGAAUGUAGAAAUACCAACUGCUUUACAAGAUAGUAGCUUGGCAAAAGGAGACCACAUUUUGACAUAUGGACAUUCGCAACAAAUCAUUACCUCCAGCAACCUAUCUAACCAUGUUAAAAAAGUAAAUCAUUGUACAUCAGAAAAAGUACAAACAGCUUUAGAUAUGACUUCUGCAGCUAAUUCUGAAGCUCAUACAAUACAAAAGCCAUCUAAAGACAUUGAACUGAAGACCGAACAUUAUAAAGCUCAAGAUCAUUCUUCAACUGCAAAUAAAGAAUCCCAAAGAACUGAAUCUUCUGAACCAAAGCUAUCGAUUUUUAAUGGCUGUGAGAAAACGAAGGAAGUUCCUCUUCAAAGACAGACUAAUUUUGCUGAAGAAAUUAAAGCUGGCCAUCCUUUUAAAGGUGGGGAUCAUGAAGAAUGGUCUCUUCUAAAUAAAGGUAUAUUUCAACUAAACAGUACAACAAUUUUGACUCACUCAUUUGACCAAACCGGUGAUGCUGCAAAAUAUAGCUUAAAACAAGAUGAAAAACCAGUUCCGUUGGAUUCGCCUAAAGAAGUAGUUGAGUCAGGAAUCCCAGAAAGUCAUGAACAUUCAGAAGCUCAACUAGUGGAAUCUUGGAACUUGGGCACAGAAGGCUACCCAGCAUCAGAUGCAUCUUUCCCAAAGCAAAGCCCAGACACAGACACUGGAAGUGCAACGACAUCAUCUGAUGACAUAAAACCUAAUUCAGAAGACUAUGAUGCCGGAGGUUCCCAGGAUGAUGAUGGAUCAAAUGAGCGAGGCAUUUCCAAGUGCAGUACAGUUGUAUGCCAUGACUUCCUUGGGAGAAGUAGCAGUGAUACCAGCACGCCUGAAGAGCUUAAGGAAUAUGACAGUGGAUUAAGAGUAGAAGUAAAAGUGAAAGGUAUGGAGCCACAUGGGAAGACAAGAGGUGCUAAUACAAGAGAAUCACUAAUUAAUCACUGUCCAAAAAUAUCUCCAGGCAUUAAAGCAAUGAAAAGGGGUAGUGAAGAAAAUGCUGUGCCUGAUGGUGAUAAAUUAGAUCCUGCCUCAGAUCUUUUGUCGUCUUGUGAAGUGACUGAAGAAGAUAAGUCAGAGAUUGAGAAUGCAGAGGAAAUUUUCCCUUCCCCUGCUGCUGCUGCUCCUGCUCCUCCUCCACCUCCACCCCUACCCCCUCCUGACCAGGGCAUUUACCAUUUUCAGGGCAUUGACAACCUGGCUUUUGAAGACGUUACAGAAAAUGAGACUGACGUAACAAACUUUUCUUCAGCUGCAAACUUUAAACGUUCUGUUCUGCUGUCUGUGGAUGAAUGUGAGGAGUUGGGUUCUGAUGAAGGAGAAGCUGGAAGUCCUCUUGCCUGCUCUUUUGAUUCUCUUACUCCCUCAGAUGUAUUUGAUGGUGGUUCCCAUGACAGUGGUCACCAACGUUAUGGCAGAACUUAUUACUCGCGGUACUCACUGGAAAUUGAUGAUGAUUUUUUGGUGUAUAGCCACCUUCAAGAGAAGGCCAAAAAACAAACAAAGGAGCCCAGUGCUUCACCACCUGCAGAUGAAACUAACAUGGUAGCUAACGAUUCAUUGCCACAGGUUGUUUCAACAGAAAUAGAAGAGACAAAACAAGUAGGUAUUGAACCUGCUGCAUCCCAUCAAUGUGAUGAACCUCUUAAUGGAGGAGAAAAUAAGCAUGAAGGCAGUGACCGGAUGGAAGGUAACCUGCUUGAAAACCAAUCUGAGGAUAACAUGUUGCCUGAAAAAAAUAACAUCCAGCCUGCAGGUGAUGGUGGUGACAGUAGACCUCAAGAAAGACCGUGCCAUUUGCAUCUCUGCCAGAAAGGACAUUCUGGUGUACAUAGUGAUGACGUUGCUACAAAUGAGCAUUUAGCUAACAUGGAAAAAGAGCAUGGGCAAGCUUACUACUCCACAAUCAAUGAGCAAACUAAUAAUACUUUGCCAACAGGAAACUUAGCUGAUUGUGACAGAUCACAAAGCUGCACAUUUGAUCGUCGCCCUUCAAAAACCCUUUCUCCCAUAUACGAGAUGGAAAUAAUAGAAGAUGUGGAUCGGAGUUCAGAGGUAGAGGUGAGCCACGUGCACCAAGAAGAAAAUGAACACUUUGCAAAAAGAGACUGGAUACUACUUAAGCAGCUUCUUGGAGAUCAGGAUCUAAAUUGUGGGAUUGUUAACUGUCUACCUGAAGAUAUCAACCUAGCAAAGUAUCUGAUCAACCAAACACUCUUCCUUUCUAGAGAUGCCUGUAGGACUCCAGGUAGAAUUGCAGUUGAAAAAGAGGCUUGGUAUAAAUGGACUGAAUUGCUGUCUCCUUCAGAGGACUCCACAGCUAGCAUUACAGUGGCCAGCUUUUCCCCAGAAGAAUCUGUAUCUCCGCAGGGGGAAUGGACAAUUGUGGAACUGGAAACCCACCACUAGCAUACCUACUAAAUUGUGUACAUUGGAGUGCAAGAUGAAUUUAAUCCAUAUGUCACAUGGUCCUGUCCAUUUUCUGUAGCUUAACAACUGAGUCUUAUUGUGUCACCUUUGGCUGCAGCAGUAGAUAAUAAAAUUGUAUACUUGCCAUUGUUACAGAAUUACCAUUUGGGGGUCUUUGUGAAGGAGUUUGGCAAAGAGGAUAAACUUGAGAUGUAUGUUUUGAUGCUUUACCUUAAAUUUGGGAC